GGAACCGUCACAGCACUUCCUCAUUUGGUCUGAAAACUCUUAAUAAUUGACUGUGUGUCAACAACACUGGAGCUUCGGUCCGAAUCAAAGGUCUCUAGUUCAGAAGAAAACACCGUCAUGAGAGACUGGAGGGAAAUGAGCAGAGAUGAGCUGGAGACUCAGUUCUCUCCCAGCCGCUGGUCACACAGGAUGUCCGCCGAUGAUGUCAUCAGAGCCCAUGUGGACGCUCUCAGAGCAGGCACAGAGAAAGCUCGGUCGGUCACUCAGACUUUGCUGGACGUCCCGUACGGUGAUGGAGACGGAGAGAAGCUGGACGUCUAUGUUCCCAGCAGCUCCAGUCCAGACGUGCCGCUGGUGAUUUACUUUCACGGAGGAUACUGGCAGUUCCUCAGUAAGGAGGAGUCUGGGUUUCUGGCCGUGCCAUUGGUCCAGAGGGGUGUGGUGGUGGUUGCCGUGGGUUACAGCAUCGCUCCUAAAGGGACUAUGGAUGUGAUGGUGUCUGAGGUCCGGCGGAGCGUGGUGUCUGUGGUCCAGCAGUACUCUCACAUCAGCGCUCUUUACCUGUGUGGUCAUUCAGCAGGAGCUCACCUGGCCGCUAUGGUUCUGUCCACCGACUGGACGCAGUACGGCAUAUCACCCCCAAUCAAAGGUGCGUUCCUGGUCAGCGGGAUUUACGACCUGCAGCCCAUCCUGUCCACCUACGUCAACGAGCCGCUGAAGAUGAGCGAGGAAGUGGCGUCGAGGAACAGCCCCAGUCACUUCCUGUCGCAGCUCAAGCUCUCGUCCGCUUCCUGUGACAUCAUCAUCGCCGUGGCGCAGAACGACUCGGCCGAGUUUCGCAAGCAGUCGGAGGAAUACUUCAGAGCUCUGGAGUCGCUCGGUCUCAACGUCUCCUUCCAAGACGUCCCCGACACGGACCACUUCAACAUUAUAGAGCAGCUCGUUGAUGAAAACUACCACCUUACUAAGCUUCUCCUAAAGAUGGUGGGAAAAAGCUGACUGUCCCAUUACCCAGAAUGCACUGCGCCGGAGCUGACCUGUGAGUUGAGCUCGAUGGGACCUCGCUCUUUGUCCAAUCAGACACUGAUAGUAAAUGUUUUACAGCAGCGGGGUAUGUAGGGGGAAAAUGACUGUAAACGUCUUUAAACGAAAGAUGUGGAUCACAUAAAAUCGUAUAUAUAAAUAUAGCAAAUAUUUAACAUUGAAAUGAUUGGUUUCGAUCGUUGGCCCUGAUAACCCUCUCGUUUAAGCCGCACGGAUCUGUUUGUUGUGGUUUAUAUUGAGCUGCACAGAUUGGACAGACCUGUUUAAACCGGUCUUGCUCUGGUCAGACGGGUUUGGUUUGUUGUUGUUAACCAGUCAAACCGAAAUCCACCGAUUUAUAUGUUUUAGCAAAGAAACUGUGUGGUGUUUUGUUGUGUUUUUGAAGCAUUUUCAGCUCAAUAAAGCGCUGAUGUGAACGCA